AUGGCGGUGGUUAUUAAGUUCUUCCGAUGGAUUUGGCAAAAGAUUAGCCGCUGGGUUUUCUUCUGGAAACACAAAACUAAGUCAGUCAUCACGGAUCAUACUGACUCCAAGAAAAAUGAGUUGAAGGCAGAGAAGGCUUUCAAGGUGUCUGAGACUUUCAAGUUGGUUGAGCCCCCCAAGGAGGCUAAGGUCUCCAAGGUGGAUGUGUCCCCAAAGGUGGUCGACCCCUGCCUGUUAGCCAAGACCACCACGGAUGGGGCUGCGGUGGAGGCGGGUCGCCGUCGGAGAUCACUGUUGCAGCUGCCCCAGGCGGCCGUCAAGUCCAUCUCCAUGCUCAUGGCCUCCGCCCUGCAGUCUGGCUGGCAGAUGUGCAGCUGGAAGUCAUCUGUGAGUUCUACCUCAGUUGCCUCCCAGAUGAAGACCGGGUCCCCCAUGGAGUCACAAGAGGCUGCGAUGUUGAGGGAAGUGUACCUGGUGCUUUGGGCUGUCCGGAAACAGCUGCGGCACCUGGCCCGCCGGCAGGAGAGACGGCGCCAGCGGCACCUCCGGGCCCACAUGGGCCCCCAGCCUGACCCAGUUCAGGGUCUGAAACAGGAUGCCCGGAGUCCCCUCUAG